CACAUCCCUGCUUCCAGCUGGGAUCCCUCUGCUGGCUGACCUCCCUUCUGGAGGCUGGUUGCUGCUCCGGGCAUCUUCACGGCUCUCGGAGCAGAGCAAGGGAAGCAUCAGAGCGGGAUAUUUUUAGAUGCACUUUGUGCUCAGAGAGCAAAACCACACUGUGGUUUAACGGCCAUCAGCUGCUGGGCAUGUUGGGAAAGCUGAACUAAGGGCUCAGGAUUCAGGGAGAUGUUGGACACCAUGGGAUGGAGCAGCUUUGCAGACACGACGGCGAUUUUUGGGCUGAGCAUCGCAGCGGAGACCCCCGGAGGAGCCUGCCUGUGGGAUUCCAGGAUCCGGGCAAUCCAGCUUGUUUAGCUGCCACGUGGACAGUCAGCGGGGCCGGGGUGGCCCGUCCCCUGAGCAGGUGCAUUCCCAUUGUUUGUGGGGUGACAUUGGCUCCGAUGGCUGCGGAGGAGGUGUGGGAAGAGAGCGGACGAGAGAUCCGCAUGUCAGACCAGAACAGCACCGACGAUGGGGAGUCAGACCCCCAGCACAGCCUGUCUAUGGUCUUCCUCCUCGUCCUGGUCUUCUUCAUCAUGGGGCUGGUGGGUUUCCUGAUCUGCCAUGUCCUGAAGAAGAAGGGUUACCGGUGCCGGACCUUCCGGGACGAUCUUGACCCAGAUAACAAGGAUGUGCUGGCAGAGCUCCAGGACAAUGAAGAGGAGGAGCUGAACGAGGACACGGUGGAGAAGAUCGUGAGAUGCAUCAUACAAAACGAAGCAAAUGCAGAGGCUCUCAAGGAGAUGCUGGGGGAAAAUGAAGGGGACGUCCCAGUGCCAGUGAGCCUUUGUCCCCACAGCCAGGAUGGGGGCCCACCACACCACCACACGGUGCACCUGGGCUCCACACAGGCCCCCUGCAUCCACUGCAGCCGCAGGAAGAGGCCCCCGCUGCAGCGACAGGGACGGUCCAAGGAGGGCAAAGGCCGGAUGCAUCCCGGAGAGACCACUGUCUUCUCAGUGGGCAGGUUUCGCGUCACACACAUCGGGAAGAAACCCGCUGUCCCAGAGCAGCAGGACGGCCCCCUGCCCGACGGCAGCCGGGAGCUGAGCACGGAGGAGCUGGAGCACAGCAGCGACCGGCUCCAGCGGGAGCGGGCCCUCAAUGGGACUGUCCCCACGGGGGGCCUGCAGAACGGAGACAUCCAGGGCGGCAAAGGUGUGGAGCAGAGCCUCUCCAACACCCCGGCCCCCAACACACCAGCCAGCUCUGGCACUCGCGACAGCCGUCGAGCGGGCGCGGGGUCCGGCAGGGCGGGCUCGCCGCAGGAUGCUGGCACUGCUCCCGGGAGCGUGAGCCGCCAGAGGAGGCUCCUGAGCCAUCCGGCGCUGGGAGGGUCGAGUCCCAGCAUCCCGGGAGAGCUGGCGCGGGAAGGAGCCGGCAUGUGCCUGGAGGAGGUCGGACUGGGGUCGGCAGAUGAAGUGUCGGAUAUUCACGGGAGCCUGAGUCUGCACGAACAGGCUGAGGAGGUGGGGAGAGACGACAGCAGCAGGAGACAGCCUGGAGCAGAGGACGAGGAGCAGCAGUUGGGGUAA